AUGGCGGGUCACCCAGCACCCCCAAGGAUUGACGUGGAGAUCUCGCCCGUCGACAACAGCGAACACACGUCCGCAACUCCUAAUCAUGCGGAGAAUCUUUCCCCUAGCAUGCUCCAAACACCGCAUGAGAACGGUAGAGAUCGAGCCUUUAGUGCGUUGAGCGGAAGCACCCAAUUCUCGACUCUAAAGAUCCCCCAAACAUCUGGGGGUGAGAAGAGCAUUGCUUCCAGCGUCUUCAGCGGAGAUGACCGGGAAGAUGCUCUCCGGCCGGACCCCGGCUCAGAGAGGGAUUUCCAGGUCACCGACAACAAGUUUGCCUUUAGUCCUGGUCAAUUGAACAAGCUGCUCRACCCAAAGUCUCUCCCAGCAUACGCCGCACUUGGUGGUAUUCGUGGCAUUGAGCGCGGUCUACGCACAAACCUUCAGACUGGACUCAAUGCCGACGAAUCGGUGCUUUCUGGCAAGGUCUCCUUCGAGCAAGCUACCAAAGCCAACGGGUCCAAUUCGCUGGGAUGGGAUGAGGUGCCUCUGCCUCCUGCGGACUACAAGCCUGCUGGUACAUCUGGGAACUUCACCGAUCGCACUCGCGUCUAUUCGAACAAUGCGCUUCCCGAGAAGAAGCCCACACCACUUUGGAAGCUAGUCUGGAUGGCAUACAAUGACAAGAUUCUCAUUCUCCUGACGGUAGCUGCUGCCAUUUCUCUUGCUCUCGGUCUUUACGAAACCUUUGGAAAGGAACAUGAGCCUGGUGAUCCCAUGCCAGUCGACUGGAUCGAGGGCUGCGCUAUCUGUGUUGCCAUCAUCGUUGUGGUGCUUGUUGGUUCCCUGAACGACUACCAAAAGGAGCGAGCUUUUGUCAAACUCAACGCCAAGAAGGACGACCGCAUGGUUAAAAUCCUCCGCUCUGGAAAGUCUAUCAUGAUCAACGUUGUGGAUAUCAUGGCUGGUGACGUCCUUCACCUCGAGCCCGGUGACAUGAUUCCCGUCGAUGGAAUCUUCAUUAGCGGACACGGCGUCAAGUGCGACGAGUCCUCAGCCACUGGAGAGUCCGACGCGCUGAAGAAGGUCGGUGGCGAGCAAGUCAUGCGCAUGAUCGAAGAGGGGCACCACAAUCUGAAGGAUAUGGACUGCUUCAUCAUCUCGGGAAGCAAGGUCCUCGAGGGUAUUGGCACCUAUGUCGCCACCUCCGUCGGUGUCAACUCUAGUUACGGCAAGAUUCUCAUGAGCAUGCGUGUUGACAUGGCACCGACUCCACUCCAGGUGAAGUUGGACGGUCUUGCAACUGCCAUCGCAAAGCUGGGAACCAGCGCCGCACUUUUGCUGUUUUUUGUCCUGCUCUUCCGGUUCGCRGCUGGCCUCAGCAGUAACCCGCGUUCAAGCUCCGACAAAGCGAGUCAAUUCCUUGAUAUUCUCAUCGUCGCUGUGACAGUUAUUGUGGUAGCUGUACCUGAGGGUUUGCCACUUGCUGUAACAUUGGCCCUCGCGUUCGCGACCACCCAGCUCGUCAAGCAGAACAAUCUUGUGCGAAUUCUGAAGUCCUGCGAAACGAUGGGAAAUGCCACUACCGUCUGCUCCGACAAGACUGGAACCUUGACGACCAACGUCAUGACCGUUGUUACUGGAGCUUUCGGCCCAUUGAGCUUUGACGACAAAAACCAAACUGGCAAUGAGGUCCGAACUUCCGAAUUCGUAGCCCAACUCAGCAAUGAGGAGCGCCGCCGUUUGAUCGAAGCCAUCACCAUCAACAGCACCGCAUUUGAGACCGAUGAGGGCUUUGUUGGAUCAAAAACCGAGACUGCUCUUCUGUCUUUCGCACGUGCCCUCGGAAUGGGUCCGCUCGGCGAAGAGCGAUCCAACUGUCCCGCGCAUGCAUUCUACCCCUUUGACUCUGGCCGCAAAUGUAUGGGAGCCGUUCAAAAGCUGUCUGAUGGCCGAUUCCGCCUCGUUGUCAAGGGUGCGUCUGAGAUCCUUCUAGGACACAGCACACACAUUGCCACAAGCUCUGGUCUCCAGCCUCUUGACGGUGCUCAGCGUGAGAGCAUCGAGUCUUUGAUCGAUACCUACGCCAAGCAGUCUCUUCGCACCAUCGCUUUGAUCUCUCGCGAAUUCCCACAGUGGCCCCCUGCUGGCUGCACUGCUGAGAACGACCCAAAUGAAGCAGACUUUGGUCUCCUCCUCAACAAUAUGACUUUCGACGGUCUCGUCGGCAUUCAAGAUCCAGUCAGACCCGGCGUUCCCGAAGCUGUGGCCAAGCUUACCAAUCGCGCUGGUGUAACGGUCCGUAUGGUUACCGGCGACAACGUGGUGACGGCCAAGGCUAUUGCAACGGAAUGUGGCAUCUACACCGAUGGGAUUGUCAUGGAAGGACCAGUCUUCCGUGGUCUGAACCAACAGCAAAUGAACGACAUCUUGCCUAAGCUCCAAGUCCUGGCCCGCUCUUCUCCCGAAGACAAGCGUAUCUUGGUAACCUCCCUUCGUGCUCUUGGCGAGAUCGUCGCCGUUACUGGAGAUGGAACCAACGAUGGUCCCGCUUUGAAGGCUGCCGACAUUGGUUUCUCCAUGGGCAUUGCUGGCACUGAAGUCGCCAAGGAGGCCUCCUCUAUCAUUCUUAUGGACGACAACUUUGCCUCUAUCUUGACUGCGCUUAUGUGGGGACGAGCUGUAAACGAUGCGGUCCGCAAGUUCUUGCAGUUUCAGCUUACCGUCAACGUCGCCGCUGUUAUCAUUACUUUUGUAUCAGCAGUUGCGAAUGAGGGCAUGCGAUCGGUACUGGUAGCUGUACAACUGCUCUGGAUCAACCUUAUCAUGGACUCCAUGGCUGCGUUGACCCUGGCAUCCGAUGCACCCACGGAAGAGAUUCUCGACCGUACUCCUGCUAAGCGCUCCGCUCCUCUCAUCAGCAUCUCCAUGUGGAAGAUGAUCAUCGGACAAGCCAUCUUCCAAAUGGGUGCAUCUUUCAUCCUGUACUACGCCGGCCCGGAUAUCCUCAACUACGAAUACGAUGGUGAUCAAAUUCGCUCGGUCGUGUUCAACACCUUUGUGUGGAUGCAGAUCUUCAACAUGUUCAACAGCAGAGUCCUUGGCAAUUCAUGGUCAAGAAUCUUUGUUGGCAUUCAUCGCAACUAUUACUUCAUGGUAGUGACUGCUAUUAUGAUUGGUUGCCAGGUAAUGAUCAUGUUCGUUGGCUCCACUGCCUUCCAGAUUGUGUCUAUCGAUGCCAAAGACUGGGGCAUCAGCAUUGUGAUUGGUGCCCUCUCUCUUCCUUGGGCAGUCGUGGUCCGUUUGUUCCCCGACGGCCUGUUCGAGAAGAUUGCAAAAUUCUGUGGUUACCCUGUGGUACUUGUGUACCGCCCUAUGAGCCGCUGGACGCACGCACUGUCUCGCAAGAUCCGCUCACUUCGCAGGAAGCGUCCUGAAAGCCAAGCAGUGGAAGAGAUGGCAGAGGCAGAGGCACAGCGAGACUUUGAGAAGGACAAAGUGCAGGACCCAGAGAAGGGUCGCGUUUAG